AUGGCCUCGUUCGUGGAGGAUCUCUGGUCCAGCAUCUUCACCCCAGGGCCCACGCCCACCCUCCUGAUCGCCACAAACGCCACCUUUGCCGCCCUGCAGCUCGUCCUGCUCGUCCUGCUGCUGGCCACCUACAGCGUGCAUUUUGUCGUUCUGUCCGCCCUGUCCGCCGCGCUGUGGUGGUCUAUCAACUGGUUUGCGCGCGAGGUGCGCUGCGCUCAGGAAGCUCAGGAGGCGGAGAAAACCAGGGAGCAAUCGGAGCCCCGGGAGGAGGCCGAGAGUGACACCGAGACGGAGGGUGUUACAAACGCCCGAAGGGAGACGGUUACAACAACAAUGACGACGACGACUACGACUACCGCUACGACAGCGGCUGUCAAUACUGCGGCAGCCCGGCAGGGGGAGGUGCGGAAGCGGGCCAGCGUCAGCGGGGAUAAUAACUCCGGCUAUGGGAGUACCGAUAACCUUGCCUAG